AUGAGGCAGUCUGAGUCCAGCAAUGCCACCCAUGAUUCAACAAAGAAGUACAAAGGAAUUAAUAAUGGCUGGUUCACUGAGACAGCAUCGAUGUGGCCGGGACAAAAAUUCUCAUUGGCGCUAGAGAACUAUUCAGAAGAUGCGAUAAUACACCACCAGAAGUCUGAAUUUCAAGAAAUUCUGGUUUUUCGGUCGGUUCAAUAUGGAAAAGUGUUUGUGAUAGAUGGUAUUCUUCAGCUCACAGAACGAGACGAAUGUGCCUUUCACGAGAUGAUGGUGCAUCUUCCUCUGUUUUCUCACCCAAAUCCGAAGCACGUGCUAAUUGUUGGAGGUGGUGAUGGGGUGUGUUUGCGCGAGGUUUGUCGUCACUCAGAAGUGCAAAAGGUCACGUUGGUAGAGAUAGACCCGAUGGUCCUGAGGGCGAGCAAGGAUUUCUUGCGACUUGUUCCACCGGAACUCUUGGACGGCAGUGAUCCGCGGGUCGAAAUCGUCCAUGCAGAUGCGGCAGAAUACUUGAAGGAAGAACAUAACCAUUGUCGUUUUGAUGUGAUUUUGGCAGAUACAUUGGAUCCACUUGGACCAGCAGAAUCAUUGUUUGAACCGGAGUUUUAUGAAAAAAUGCAUGAUUCCCUGAAACCAUCGGGCAUAAUCUGCAUUCAGGGAGAGAGUUUCUUCAUUCAUUUGAAUUUGAUUCGUGAUUUGUUUUUUGUACCUCUGCGUUCUUCAUUGACCCUUCUUUUGUCUGAUAUAUUCAAACCAACCUACUGGUACAUCACAGGCGGUCAAAUUGGCUUCAUAUUGUGCCGCAAAGGGGACGCAAAAAGUUGUAGAAACCCAGUGCGACACUGUAAAUUUCAGUCUGAUCUAAAGUGGUACAACAGGCAGAUACACCGCGCGGCCUUUGUUCUUCCGCAUUACAUUCAGCAGGAACUAUCUGAAGUGGAUCUCUGGAAUCGAGGAGGCUUUGACGAGUUCAGUGUCCCAGAACGCGAUGACUACGACAAGGAUAGGUGCUUCUUGCUGGGUUGCAGCAUACAAUAA